AUCGACUUUUUGACGCCGUUCACCAUAUUAUUUCUUCUACUUAAAUCUUCCGUAUCUUGUUUUAUUUUACCUCUGAUCAUUUUCUUCCUUCAACGUUCAAAUUAUGAUAUUUUCUAAGCUUGGCCGUUCAUAUUCCCGAUCUUCUCAUUCGAGGAAGUUGCUCCAUCGUGGCGGUGGAGGUGGCUGUACCGGUGGACGCUCGCCGAGCUUGCCUCGUUUGAACGGAAACGUAGAUCGACUAAUUGGGGGAUCAGGGUAUUUGAGAGGAUAUUUAUCUUCAAUAGGAGCUUCAAAGGCUUUUUUGUCAGAUUUAAAUUUCGUUCUUGCUAACCCUAGAAUCCGCCGCUUUUUCUCAAGUGAAGCCCCAAAGAAGAAGAAUUAUGAAAACUUUUACCCAAAGGAAAAGAAGGAAAUUCCAAAGAAAAAUGACCAAAAAUCUGACUCCAAAGAGGACCCCAACACAGAUGAGCAGGGAAACUUUCAGGAAACUUUCAUGAGGCUUUUUCAAAAUUUCGUUGCACCAUUGUUAGUGCUUGCAUUGUUUCUUUCUAUGUCUCCCUGGACUGCUGAGCAGCAGCAGAUUAGUUUCCAAGAGUUCAAGAACAAGUUCCUGGAAUCUGGUUUAGUUGACCAUAUAGUUGUUUCUAAUAAGUCAGUUGCAAAAGUGUAUGUGAGGAACACGCCAUACAAUCAAACAAGUGAUGAUAUUCUCCAAGGUCUUGGGAAUGAUACUUCUGUCAGAGGACAUGGAGGUGAAUACAAAUGCUACUUCACUAUUGGAAGUAUUGAGUCUUUUGAGGAGAAGUUGGAAGAAGCCCAAGAAGCUUUAGGGAUUGACCCACAUGAUUUUGUUCCGGUGACAUAUGCCUCUGAUGUGAUGUGGUACCAGGAGUUGAUGAGGUUUGCACCCACAUUAUUACUUCUUGGAACCCUUAUGUAUAUGGGCCGGAGAAUGCAAGGUGGACUGGGUGUUGGAGGAGGUGGUGGUAAGGGUGGCCGUGGAAUUUUCAACAUAGGAAAAGCCCAUAUAACCAAAGUGGAUAAAAAUUCCAAGAAUAAGGUCUAUUUCAAAGAUGUUGCUGGCUGUGAUGAGGCAAAACAAGAGAUCAUGGAAUUUGUGCACUUCCUUAAGAACCCAAAGAAAUACGAGGACCUAGGAGCUAAAAUUCCAAAAGGUGCUCUGUUGGUGGGUCCACCAGGUACAGGAAAGACUCUCCUAGCAAAAGCAACUGCUGGUGAGUCGGGUGUACCUUUUCUAUCAAUAUCAGGUUCUGAUUUCAUGGAGAUGUUUGUUGGUGUUGGACCAUCCAGGGUGAGGAACUUGUUCCAAGAAGCUAGGCAGUGUGCUCCUAGUAUAGUAUUUAUUGAUGAGAUUGAUGCGAUUGGUCGAGCAAGAGGUCGUGGUGGUUUCUCAGGUUCUAAUGAUGAGCGUGAAAGUACGCUAAAUCAAUUGCUUGUAGAAAUGGAUGGAUUUGGAACUACUUCGGGAGUUGUUGUGCUUGCUGGUACUAAUAGGCCUGAUAUCUUAGACAAAGCUUUAUUGAGGCCAGGGCGAUUUGAUCGUCAGAUUUCAAUAGAUAAACCUGAUAUUAAAGGCCGUGAGCAGAUAUUCCUGGUCUACUUAAGGAAGAUAAAGCUAGAUCAUGAGCCAUCAUAUUACUCUGAAAGACUUGCGGCUCUCACUCCUGGUUUUGCUGGAGCAGACAUUGCAAAUGUUUGUAAUGAAGCUGCACUAAUUGCUGCAAGAAGUGGAGGAGCACAGGUCACAAUGGAACAUUUUGAGGCUGCUAUAGACAGGAUCAUUGGUGGUCUUGAGAAGAAGAACAGGGUAAUCAGUAAACUCGAGCGGAAGACAGUUGCUUAUCAUGAAUCAGGUCAUGCUGUUGCAGGCUGGUUCUUGGAACAUGCUGAACCCCUCUUGAAAGUGACAAUUGUUCCUCGCGGAACAGCAGCACUUGGAUUCGCCCAGUACGUUCCAAAUGAAAACCUUCUCAUGACGAAAGAACAGCUUUUUGAUAUGACGUGCAUGACCCUUGGUGGCCGAGCAGCCGAACAGGUUUUAUUGGGAAAGAUAUCUACUGGUGCGCAAAAUGACUUGGAAAAGGUGACUAAGAUGACCUACGCCCAGGUGGCAGUUUAUGGCUUUAGUGACAAGGUAGGUCUCCUCUCUUACCCUCAGAGGGAAGAUGGGUUUGAGAUGUUGAAGCCCUAUAGCAAUAAGACUGGUGCUAUCAUCGAUGGCGAAGUGCGUAAGUGGGUAGCCAAGGCAUACAAAAAAACGGUGCAACUUAUAGAGGAACAUAAAGAUCAAGUAGCGGAAGUUGCUGAAUUGUUGCUUGAAAAGGAAGUUCUUCACCAAGAUGAUCUGGUUUGGAUUUUGGGGGAACGACCAUUUAAAUCGAGCGAACUUACAAACUAUGACAGGUUUAAGCAAGGGUUUGCAGAUGAAGAAAAGAAGAGCACGCAAACUCCAGAGGGUGGAGCUGCAGACGACGAGGGAUCCACACCCAUUGUUCCUCCACAGGUUGUUCUAACUUGAUCGGUUAUCAUGAAUUUUGUACAUUUGAGUUAAUAAAUUUUCUUCUUUCCACAACUGUUUUAUACGCUGCAUUUUAACAGUGUAUCAUUUGUACAUUAUUUUAUUAAAUA